AUGAAUAAUAAUUACCCUUUGCAAAAUAAUCAACAAUCAACAACUAAUUCUGUUAUUCGACCGGAACAGAGCCAUUCUUCAAAUAUAACUUAUAAUAACUUUUCUACAUAUGAUAAUAAUAAUUAUACUUCAACAACUCCUUACGUGCCUUACGUAAAUAAUAAUUAUACUGCGCUUAACGAAAGCAUUGCUUCUACUUCGCAUUCCUACCCUCUUCCAUCUCAACAAAAUGUUGAAAAUCCACCAAAUUUAUUAUUUAACAUGACUAAUAACUGUUCUCCACCAAAUCCAUUUAAUAUGACUAAUAUUAUUAGCCCUUCUCGGUCCGAGAUCCAUACUUUUGAGAUCCCUGGGUAUAAGGUUAUUCUUAUACCAACUUUUUCUCAAUACGAUAAUAUUCAUUUUACUCAAUUUAGACAAUUUCGAUAA